AUGACUCUUGAAGACGUCCCUGACAAACGUUCUGGUCUCAUGUCAGAGUUUGCGUUGGGAUGUGAUUCAUGUAAUGAGUCAAGCAGUUUCACCACAUUGGUCAAAUAUGCUGCUACUCGGGGAAGGUCACAAGAUAUAAAUCGCUGUGCUGUUUAUCACUCAGUGGAGACUGGCAGUGAUUACGAAGGUCUGGCAUCUUGUUGCAGCAUUUUUAACAUGCCUUGUAUUUCUAGGCCUGCUUACUACAAGCAAGUUGAAGGCAUCAUGGGAUCACUUGAAGAAAAAGCAAAGGUUCCAAGAGAUGAAGCAAGAUAA